GUCACGUGUGCCACUUUUGACCAGGAAAGGAGCAGCGGCCAGCAGGGUCUUCUGGUUAGUGGGAGCACCACCUCCGCACAGCCACCUCUCACCAGUGGAGUCCUCUCCCCGCAGCCCCCCGACCGUCUCUCCCCCGCUAAAAGAGCCUCUUGACCUCGUCGUUUGUAUUUCUCGUCGGGUUUUUUUUUUUCCUCACUAUAAGCUGAGGGGGACUUGCAAAGUCCUGACAGAGGCGGAACCAUGACGGCAGUCGAAAGCCACAUCACAUAUACCAACUCCUAUACGAUUGAGCAUGAAGAGAAGUACAUGACCCAGGAGGACGACUGGGACAGGGACCUGCUGCUGGACCCUGCCUGGGAGAAGCAGCAGAGAAAGACCUUCACAGCUUGGUGCAACUCCCACUUGAGGAAAGCUGGGACACAGAUUGAGAACAUUGAAGAGGAUUUCAGAAAUGGCCUCAAACUCAUGCUGCUGCUGGAGGUCAUAUCAGGUGAGAGGCUGCCCAAACCUGACAAAGGCAAGAUGCGUUUCCACAAGAUUGCCAACGUGAAUAAAGCUCUGGACUUCAUCUGCAGCAAGGGGGUCAAGUUGGUGUCCAUUGGUGCAGAGGAAAUUGUUGACGGUAAUGUGAAGAUGACCCUUGGUAUGAUCUGGACCAUCAUCCUGCGUUUCGCCAUCCAGGAUAUCUCCGUGGAAGAGACCUCUGCUAAGGAGGGUCUGUUGCUGUGGUGCCAGAGGAAGACUGCCCCCUACAGGAACGUCAACGUGCAGAACUUCCACAUCAGCUGGAAGGAUGGUCUGGCCCUGUGUGCCCUCAUCCACAGACACAGACCUGACCUCAUUGACUACUCUAAACUGAGAAAGGAUGAUCCCAUCGGUAACCUGAACACCGCCUUCGAGGUGGCUGAGAAGUUCCUGGACAUCCCCAAGAUGCUCGAUGCUGAGGAUAUUGUGAACACACCCAAACCAGAUGAGAAGGCCAUCAUGACUUACGUGUCCUGUUUCUACCAUGCCUUCGCUGGAGCAGAGCAGGCUGAGACAGCUGCCAACCGUAUCUGCAAGGUUCUGGCCGUCAACCAGGAGAAUGAGAAGUUGAUGGAGGAGUAUGAGAAGCUGGCCAGUGAGCUGCUUGAGUGGAUCCGCCGCACCAUCCCCUGGCUGGAAAACCGUGCGGCAGAGCAAACCAUGCGUGCAAUGCAGCAGAAGCUGGAGGACUUCCGUGACUACCGCCGCGUUCACAAGCCUCCACGCGUGCAGGAGAAAUGCCAGCUGGAGAUCAACUUCAACACUCUGCAGACAAAGCUGAGACUCAGCAACAGGCCUGCAUUCAUGCCCUCCGAGGGCAAGAUGGUGUCGGAUAUUGCAAAUGCCUGGAAAGGUCUGGAGCAGGUGGAGAAGGGCUACGAGGAGUGGCUGCUGACGGAGAUCCGUCGUCUGGAGAGACUCGACCACCUGGCUGAGAAGUUCAAGCAGAAGUGCGGCAUGCAUGAGUCCUGGACUGGAGGUAAGGAGGACCUUCUGUCCCAGAAGGAUUACGAGUCUGCUUCUCUGAUGGAGAUCAGAGCCUUGAUGAGGAAGCACGAGGCCUUUGAGAGCGACCUCGCUGCUCACCAGGACAGAGUGGAGCAGAUCGCUGCCAUUGCUCAGGAGCUGAAUGAGCUGGACUACCAUGAUGCUGCUACAGUCAACGCCCGCUGCCAGGGCAUCUGUGACCAGUGGGACAACCUGGGCACCCUCACCCAGAAGAGGAGGGAUGCACUGGAGCGUGUGGAGAAGCUGUGGGAGACGAUCGACCAGCUGUACCUGGAGUUCGCUAAGAGGGCAGCACCCUUCAACAACUGGAUGGAUGGAGCCAUGGAAGACUUGCAGGACAUGUUCAUUGUCCACAGUAUUGAGGAGAUCCAGAGUCUGAUCACAGCUCAUGACCAGUUCAAGGCCACUCUGCCCGAGGCUGACAAAGAGCGUAUGGCCACCAUGGGCAUCCACAACGAGAUCCUGAAGAUCGCCCAGACCUACGGCAUCAAACUGUCCGGAAUCAACCCAUAUACCAACCUGUCCCUGCAGGACAUCAGCAAUAAGUGGGACGCUGUUAAGCACCUUGUGCCCCUCAGAGACCAAAUGCUCCAGGAGGAGGUGGGCAGACAGCAGGGCAACGAGAGACUGAGGCGCCAGUUCGCUGCCCAGGCCAACAUCAUUGGACCCUGGAUUCAAACCAAGAUGGAGGAGAUCAGCCACGUGUCUGUGGAUAUCUCCGGUUCCCUGGAGGAACAGAUGAACAGCCUGAAGCAGUACGAACAGAACAUCAUCAACUACAAAUCCAACAUUGACAAACUGGAGGGAGACCACCAGCUCAGCCAGGAGUCCCUCAUCUUCGACAAUAAGCACACCAACUACACUAUGGAGCACGUCCGUGUGGGCUGGGAGCAGCUGCUCACCACCAUCGCUAGAACCAUCAACGAGGUGGAGAACCAGAUCCUGACCCGUGAUGCCAAGGGCAUCAGCCAGGAGCAGCUCAACGAGUUCAGGGCUUCCUUCAACCACUUCGACAGGAAGAGGAACGGCAUGAUGGACCCAGACGACUUCCGCGCCUGUCUCAUCUCCAUGGGUUACGAUCUGGGUGAGGUGGAGUUUGCCCGCAUCAUGACCCUGGUGGACUCCAACAACACCGGCGUGGUGACCUUCCAGGCCUUCAUCGACUUCAUGACCCGCGAGACUGCCGAGACCGACACUGCCGAGCAGGUCAUGGCUUCCUUCAAGAUCCUGGCCUCAGACAAGAGCUACAUCACAGUGGAUGAGCUGCGCAGGGAGCUGCCGCCCGAGCAGGCCGAGUACUGCAUCACCCGCAUGACCAGGUACGCUGGAUCGGAUGCCCCCACCGGCGCCCUUGAUUACAUGUCCUUCUCCAGCGCCCUCUACGGAGAGAGCGACUUGUAAACACAGCCACGACUCCUCACCUCCUCCUCCCCAGCUUCCAUUUCUCCUGUUUGGAGAGAGCGAUUUAAACCCUUCCACUGUCCUUCUAUUUGCCUUGUUCUUAUCAUUUUUUCCUCUUAAAUCUGAACUGUCUUCCCCUUCUCCCCACUUCUUCCAUCCCUCCUGUCAUACCCAUAAAUCCUGCUUAGACAGAAAGAGAGCAGAAGACUUUGCUCAAAUGUUAGAAAAAGAUGUUGGACUGUUCCCUAAUGAAACUAAACUAUUUGUUGUACUAAACUUACUGUAUGUAAGCAGUAUACACAGAACAUUGCUGUCUUAAGGAGACUUUAAAGAGGGGUUAAUGAGAGAGAGAUUUUCAUCUUGAGCAAAGUAUUCUGCUCUUAUUCUCUCUUUCUGAUUUUUUUCUCUUUUGUAGAAGGGUAAUUAAAGACGAAAACAUGAUAAAAAAAAAAAGCUGGUUGGGUCAGUUGGUUGUGUAUUUGUGCAGAUGCAUGCUAUGUUGAAGUUUAGAAACACUGUCUUUGAGUCACAGACUCUUCCUUAAUCACACUGAAGCCCAUACAGCGUACAAAAGAGCCUGUCAGCAGGCAGCAGCGGAGUAAAACAGGUCAGGUGCUAUUACGUUACUAAGGGAAAGUAACACUGUAGAAAUGGUUGCCACAGCACUGUGACGUUAGCAGAGAAACUAUUUAACCUGGAGAUCUUAAAGCCUUAAGAAACUCAGGAACAAAUCGAGGAUGAAUGAGAGCACCCACAUGUAAACACUGAACUAUAAAGAUGCAGACAGAGCUAUUUGGAGCAAAGCAAAAUGGGUAAAUACAAAGAUGGCCAGGCUCGAUGGUGACUCAGGAAUGAAAAGAGAAAGACAAAGCCGUUUUUGCCAGAAAGAACGAAGGAUCCACACACCUCCCUCCUCUCUGUCCGAACGUUUAGCUCGAGUUCAAAUAAAUAAAGAGGAGGAGGGAUGCAGACAGGGAGAGAUGUUGAGUAGUGAGAGACAACAGGAAUGUUGUGGACACAGAAUUGAUGCUGUAUGUGGGACCAUGAGCAGGCCCGUGUCAUGAGGGAGCACAAAGACGAUGCUCUCGUUCUGAUAUGAAGUCAGCAGGUUGACUCUUCUGCGCAUGUUGAUGUGCUCCAUUCUCCCCAUCCUCAGUUCAGUCUGUCCAUCAUCACUGAUGCUACGAAAACACAUUCAGUAACACCUUGAAAACCUCAAGUUGGAAUAAAAAAGUAAAACUAUAUUACUAAACA